CCAAGCCCACAAGGGAAGGGACAUGAAACAACAUAUCCCAGAAUGCAAUUCUUAUGGAAAUGCCCUCCCCUUUUGAACACAUGACUUAUGGUACUCCAGUGAGUCACAAUAACAGGAACAGUUUUCGUGCUCCAUGUCAGUCUAGUAUUUUUUUCGGUAACGUUAGCUUUUCUGUCGUUUGGUGUGUAUUUAAGAUGAAGCCGUGGUGUGUAGUUGUUGUUGUGUGUCUCGGGGUGGGUGUAAUGGCCGGGAAAUACUCUCGGGAAAUGAACGAGGCCAAGUCGGGCAGCAGUGAUGAACAGACGGUGGAGUUCAGGAUAGCUAAACUCAACCAGGUGUGGGAAAAGGCUCAACGGAUGCAGUUGUCCCCAGUGCGACAGGCCGAGCUGCACAGUGACCUGAAAAUCCAGGAGAAGGAUGAGCUGCAAUGGAAGAAGAUGAAGGUGGAGGGGCUGGAUGAAAACGGGGAGAAGGAGGCCCAGCUCCGACGUAACUUUAAUGUGAUCUUGGCCAAGUAUGGGAUGGAUGGGAAAAGGGACACGCGGCCACUUGAGAGCAACUCCCUGAAGGACCAUGACGCCAAAGAGGGAGACAUAUUUGAUGAUCCCAGGCUGAACAAACUCUGGAACAAGGCUGAGAGCUCAGGCAAGUUUUCCAAGGAUGAGCUGAUGAGCCUGAAGAGAGAGUUCCAACACCACAAGGACAAGAUGCACGAAUACAAUAUCCUCAUGGAUACUGUCAGCAGGACCGAGGAAAUACACAAGAAUGUGAUCUCUCCCCUGGAGGGCGACACCAAAGAGCAUGUGCUGCACCAGAAGCACACGGAGCUGAAGCAGAAAAUGAGAGACCUCAACCAGGGCUUCGAGCGCCUCCGCAAGCUCAGCCACGAGGGCUUCACUGAAGACAGUGAGUUUCGGGAGCCCCGAGUGAUUGAACUGUGGGAGGCUGCCAAGAGAGCCAACCUCACUGACGAUGAGCUGGACUCUCUCAAGGAGGAGCUGCGUCACUUCGAGACCAAGGUGGAGAAGCACAGCCAUUACCAGGAGCAGCUGGAGCUUUCUCACCAGAAGCUACGACACGUGGAGGCUUUAGGAGACAAAGAGCACAUCAAGAGGAACCAGGAGAAGUACAACACACUUGCUGAGAAGACCCGGGAGAUGGGCUACAAGAUGAAGAAACAUAUGCAGGACUUGAACAACAAGAUCUCUCGCCAGGGACUCGUCCACAAUGAGCUCUGAGAAGCUCAGCUGAUGGUCAUCAUCUCAGUGAAGGUUCAAUGAACUGAAAUAAUUUCCUCUGCAGCACACAACAUACGCCGCCACCCCCCCCCCCCCCCCCCCCCCCCCCCCCCCCCCCA